UCAGAUUCUUGAUAGAUUUGAAAUCAGUAGUGUGGGAGCGCGAGCAGGAGAGGGAUAACGGCACGCUGAGGCACACACAGGGAUGUACACCAAACACAGGCAGAAAAACACCAGGAUAAACCCAGCACAAUGCAUGCAUUAUCUAACAAUUCUACAGUUGCUACUACUGAACAUUUUACUGGAAAAAGUGAAAGGGGAUCUCAUCAACCAAGGGGUUUCCAGAGGAGAAGUGGUCAUUCCUUACUGGCUGUCCAGAGGUCGGACAAAACGGGCUGUUGGUGCAGAAAUUCAGACGCAGCACCCAGCCAUGGGAGAGAUAUCGGUGUGGGCUGAGGGCCGGGAGCUGGUGAUGGAGAUCGAACGCAAUCAUCAGCUGCUGGGCCGAGAUUUCACAGAGACCCAUUAUACUGAGGAUGGGGUACCAGUGACAGUGGCGCCAAAUUACACAGACCAUUGCUUCUACCACGGCCAGGUGAGAGGACACACAGACUCGUGGGUGGCUCUGAGUACCUGCAUUGGAGUCAGAGGCCUCAUUGUUCUAAACGCUAACAACAGCUACUACCUUGAACCAAUGGGAGAGCGGGAUACGGCAGGUCACAUGAUCUACCGGACAGAGCAUCUGUCGGUGAGAGGGGGGACCUGUGGACAUGAGCACAGCUCCCCACAGUCAGGGAGCAACACGGUGGACAUCGCACAUCUUAUUAACCCUUUGCAUCAAAGGGUAAGAAGGGAUGCCUGGAGCACCACCAAGUACAUGGAGCUUUUCAUUGUUGCUGACAAUACUUUGUAUCAAAAACAAAAUCAAGACUACGGCAAAACGAGGCAAAGAAUCAUGGAAAUUGCUAACUACGUAGAUAAGUUUUACAGGGCGCUGAACAUCCGUGUGCCCCUCAUCGGGCUGGAAGUCUGGACGAAGGGAGACCAGUGCAAAGUGAGUGACGAGCCCAACACCACCCUCUGGUCCUUUCUGCAGUGGAGACAGAAACUGAAGGCACGCAAGAAACACGACAACGCUCAGCUACUCACGGGUGUCGUGUUCAAGGGUACGACCAUCGGCAUGGCUCCCCUGGAGGGGAUGUGUAGCCAUGAGAAUUCAGGAGGCAUCAAUGUGGACCACUCGGAGGCUGCUAUAGGUGCUGCUGCCACGAUGGCUCACGAGAUCGGACACAACUUCGGGAUGAGCCACGACAACGAGGGCUGCUGUGUGGAAGUCACGCCUGAGCAGGGAGGCUGUGUCAUGGCUGCUGCUACUGGGCAUCCCUUCCCGCGUGUGUUCAGCGCCUGCAGUAAGAAAGACCUGGCCAGCUACUUCCAGAAGGGAGGGGGCAUGUGUCUCUUCAACAUGCCCAACAUGAAGGACCUGGUGGGGGGCAAGCGCUGUGGGAAUGGCUUCGUAGAGGACGGAGAGGAGUGUGACUGCGGACAGCCUGAGGAAUGCACAAGCUCCUGCUGCCAUGCCAACAACUGCACUCUGAAGGCAGAAGCUCAGUGUGCCCACGGGGUCUGCUGCAAGGGCUGCCAGCUGAAGCAGGCUGGUACGAUGUGCAGAGAGCCUGCUGGGUCCUGUGACCUCCCUGAGUACUGCACCGGUGCCUCCCCCUACUGCCCCUCCAACGUCUACCUCUUGGACGGCUCCUCCUGCCUGCACGGCCGCGCCUACUGCCACAACGGCAUGUGCCUCACCCACGAGCAGCAGUGUGUCCAGCUCUGGGGAUCCGGUGCGUGGCCAGCUCCCGACGCUUGUUUUCAGGAUGUGAACGCUGCAGGGAAUGCCUAUGGGAACUGUGGGAAGGACAGCCUGGGAAAUUACAUGAAGUGUGGCAGGAGUAACGCCAUAUGCGGUAAGAUUCAGUGUCAGAGCGCCGCGAAGAAGCCCAAGGGGACCAACGCCGUUCCCAUAGACACCACCAUCCGCUUCAACGGGCAGGAGGUGAAGUGCCGCGGAACCUUUGUGUACGCCACGCAGGACGGGGAGGGAGAUCUGCCUGAUCCAGGGCUGGUCAUGACCGGGACCAAGUGUGGGGAAGGGAAGAUAUGCCGAGAUCAAAGGUGCCAGAAUGUGUCGUUCAGUGAACUGGAUGCCUGUGUCUCUAUGUGCCACACCCAUGGGGUUUGUAACAGCAACAAGAACUGCCACUGCAAUGCGGGCUGGGCCCCCCCAUUCUGUGAUAAGCCUGGCCUUGGGGGGAGCAUAGACAGCGGGCCUGUGCAGAAUGAUAGUCAGCAGGGUCUCGUGGCUGGUCUGCUCUUUGCCUUCCUGGUGCUCCUGCCCGGAGUUCUGGGAAUGUUCUCCUGCUGGAAAAUCAAGACGUCCCCCUUUCAUAAGUGGCGGGCCCGGAGGAAUCAGAACACUCGGACAUCAAGAAAUGAGGUGUCUGGUCAGAAGCCAAAAAAUGGCCACCUGAACCCUGCUUUUCAUUUGAAGACCAUCGGAUUGUCUAACAAACCCAACAACGCAAAGAAGUCGCCCCACCUGAGUCGAGAGGUCCUGCCAUUGAGGCCGGGGCCGGGUCUGAACGGAUCCCAGCCUGUAAACAUUGUGCGGCCCCUACGCACUGCGCCCACCCCAGACAUCCAGAGGAACAUCAAAGAGUUCCGGCCAGUGAAGCUCCCCACCACUCUGCUGAAAUCCCCCGGCAUGGCUGAGAAACUGAUACCUCCAAAGAAACCUCUGCCAGUCAACCCCGCGAGGACAACCUUGAUGGUGUGUGACAGGCAGCCGAGGGGCUCUCCAAGCCCGCCUCAGAGACCCCUGCCCUUGAACCCCUCCGCAGUGCUGGCGAAGCGGGGCAGGAACGAGGUGCUGGUGUUGGUGCCGCCAGUGAGCAACAAACCCGUCGGGAAAGCUGCUGUCAUCCCUCCAGCAAAACCACUCAAACCAGUCCCACCUCAAAAGCCUGUAACAGGUGCGAAACCAAACACAGCCUCUUUCCCCUUUCGGAAAUGACCCAUGACCUGAGGAGACCAAUGAUGGGACUGCAAUGUUUUUUUGUUAAAUGGUUACAUUUUUUUAAGUGAGACUAUUUGCACUAUACAGUACGAUAUGUAGGUGGGGUUGGGAGCGCAUCAGGCUGUCCAGUGGUCGUGUUUACUUCAGGAUGUGUGAGGACCAGCACUGGAGGCUCCAUGCUGGAUCUCCAGAAACCUGGAGACUGCUGUCACCAACAACCGCCCACUCUACACAAGAUGACGCAGUUGUGCACUGAGGAUUGCAAACUGAGAUUCGUAGAAAAUAAAUUAGAGAGGGAAAUCGAUCCAGCAUAUAGGGUUACCAUAGGACUCCAUGUUCACUGGACAGGUUGGGACAGCUCAGGUUUUCAACUCGCAUCGCAAUGCCUUUCACCGGUCUCGGGUACUUGUUUAGAAGAGAAGCAGGACUAAACAUACCAGAAUGCAUUGGGGUGUGAAUUAAAAAGCCUGAACUAACCCAAACUGUUCCAGUGAACAUGGAGCCAUAUGGUAACCCUAAUCUGUAUAUUAUUAAAAUUGUUUAUUAUUAUUACUGUUAAGUAUUUUGUAAGCAUAAUCUGCCAAAGAUUUUCUUUUGUUUUUGCUUAAAUUGUGAUUGUACAAGGUUUUAUUCUUUCAUAAAAAGAACCUUUACCAAAAAGACAUCUCAUGAGAAAACAGCCUAUCGCCACAUCACAUCCAGCAGUUUGCUUUUAGUUCGUUUUUAGUAAUAGUUAUUUUAUUUCGUUAAAAUUUGCACAAGUAGGCUUUCAUUGUUGAAGAUAAGGCAUUCUCUCUUUGUACUGCACUAACAGAAUGCAUAUUUAGUCAGGUAUGGUUUACUUGCUGUCCAUAAGCCACAGAGUCUGCACAGCACUACUUACCUAUAUACCAAUAUAAAGUACUUUCUAUUCGGCUGUCAUUGACUUCACACAGACUCAGGCCGGGAUAUUUCAGUCUUGAGUGUAAUAUGCUGGUAUCUGAACUGUUUUCGUUUAAAAAAAAACAUAAUUAUAGUUAUACUGGGGUUCGAAAAAAACCAUCCCAAAACCAUCUCCAUUUUGCUUUCUGAAUUCCAUUACUCAUGCACAAUUAUUUGUCAGUACAAUUCUCAUAGUGAUGUACCUUUUGCCUAGCUAAUAAUGACCCAGGAUAAAUGGAUAACAAUAUCUACAUUUGUGUUUAAAAAUGUAUAUACAUACGCAGUGCACAGGCUGCUGCAUGAGUGGAGUGAAUCUUAUAGAAGUCACAGAAUGCCUUUGGGGUCAGCAGCUUGAGGCAGAGUGCUCUUGUGAUCCAUCCGGAAUGCUUUUAAAAAAGAGAAAAUCAUACUGGUUAUAUAUAUAUAUAUAUACAGUAUAUAUAUAUAUAACUGUAAUUGUGUCUGAGUACACACAACCUUUCUGUUGAUACAGUUUAUUAUACAAUGGCAAGAAGAAUUCCUGGCGCUGAUUGCUCAGCCUUGCACUAGACCCGCGCUGUUAUCCCAGCAUAACAUCACGGAUCUAGUACCGGCAACCUCCUCACUGAAAACCGAGACAGACAUAUCAAUCCGCCACAACUGUCAAUAACACAGAAUAAAUUACACAAUUCCUGAAGUGAAUUGUACCUUAAACAACAUGACAACCGAUGGAAACCUCGUUUGGCAAAGAGCCUUCAAACACAGAGCAGCCAGGAGACCAGGCAGCACCUCUCAAUGAGAGAAAAAAAAACAUUACAAAAAAGAGGAGAUCAACUCUGACAGACAAGAUAGAAUCUGACAAAAAUGAAGCAUCCAUGAAACGACAAACCAGCUGGGCAGUCAAAGUCUUUUAUGACUGAGUGAGUGAGAGUAACACAAAUAUAGACGUGAAAACUGUCACGAUAGAACCCCUUAAUAAAGUUUUACGACAAUUGUAUGCCUCUUGUCAGAAAUAGCUCCGGAGAGCCGUAUGGCAUAAGCAGUUACGUGGUGCUCCGAGUGGGCACAAACAGACACCCGAGGCGUGAUCCCAGCACAACUCACGGUAUUGGAGGUAUUAACAAAAGGGGAUUGCAGUCAUUAUAAGGUGAAUAAAGAUAUGGAAUGCACAUUUUAUUUCUGCUUUAUUUUUGCAUUCAUCUGAGGAAAAGAAGUUCCUUAGAAAGAAAGUUUUUAUUAUUAUUAUUAUUAUUAUUAUUAUUAUUAUUAUUAUUAUUAUUAUUAUUAUUAUUAUUAUCUUUUGUUCUCCUUGUGGUUCAUUGACCUCUUAUUUCCAGUUUCUAGUGAUGAAGUCUCAGGCUGGUUAUAAAGGGUUAAUGACCAUUCUCUAGCCAAUCAGAUUUAAAGUUUUCCAGCCAUUGCCAUACAAUUGCCUUUAAUAGGCAAUUCCCAUACCCAUGCGUUUGACUAAACCCUUCUGCACCUAAUAUAGCCCCUUAUUCAAAUAGAUUUGUUUUUUAAACGCUCAGUAUUAUUAAUAUUUGAACAUGGUUCUAGCCACCUGCAUUGUUUUUCAAAGCUGUGCAGCUGUUCAUUAUCACAGUGGGUCGAUACAAUGACACAUUGAGCCGCAAGGCUGGAAGCAGUUUAUUCUUCAUCAGCAGGGUGGUGAAUAUUAAACCAUAAGCAGUACAGUAUAAGCACACCAGCUGUGCAUUUGGGAGGGAUAUUAUUGGUGCUUUUGUGAUUUUUGGAACAGUGUCAUUUCUGUAAUGUUUUGAGCUUUGCCUUCUUGACUGUCCUAUCUAAAAAUGAAUUUACACUGUGCUAACAAAAAAAUAAAUUUGCAAUUCAAAGGUG